CUGCAACAUAACAACAUGGCUGCCCCCUCUGUGGCAGCAAGUGAGGCGACAGACAAUAUGAAUAAACAAAUAUCACUAUUGUAUCCAAAAACCUCCUGUGUAAUUAGACGGAUAAGCGCACCACGUGCGCGAUGUGACAGUCAACUGCAGCCGAGAGCGAAAAGUGCUCCCCAGCAGCUGGUUGGCGUGGUGGGUUUGGAAGUCCAUGCUCAGAUUAACUCCAACACCAAGCUGUUCUCCGGCUCGUCGGUUCGUUUCUCAGCCCCUCCGAACUCCCUGGUGUCCCCCUUUGAUGCGUCCCUACCCGGCACAUUACCCGUCCUGAACAAACGAUGUGUCGAGGCGGCGGUGAUGACCGCGUUGGCUCUCAACUGCACCAUAAACAAGAAAUCCCUCUUUGACAGGAAGCACUACUUCUACGCCGACCUCCCUGCUGGAUACCAGAUCACGCAGCAACGGCGGCCCAUCGCAGUCGACGGCACGCUGACCUACAGCAUCCUCGGAGGGAAAAAGAGGAGCCAGGUGAUCAGGAGAACAUCCACCAUCAAACAGAUUCAGCUGGAGCAGGACAGCGGCAAGAGUCUCCACGAUGACCUCCGCAGCCAGACACUCAUAGACCUCAACCGAGCGGGUGUAGGUCUAAUGGAGCUGGUGAUGGAGCCAGACAUGAGCUGUGGAGAGGAGGCUGCUGCAGCUGUCAGAGAGCUUCAGCUCAUCCUGCAAGCCCUCGGCACCUGUCAAGCCAACAUGUCUGAGGGACAGAUGAGAGUCGAUGCCAACGUGUCCGUCCACAGACCAGGUGAGCCUCUGGGUGUCAGGACGGAGGUGAAGAACAUCAACAGCGUCCGAUACCUGGCCCGGGCUAUAGACUACGAGAUCCAGAGACAUAAAGAAGUCCUGCAGAGAGGCGGCACGGUGAAAAAUGAGACCCGGGCGUUUGAUUCCAAAUCGGGCGAGACCAUUCCUAUGAGGGACAAAGAGGGUCUUCAGGACUACAGGUUUAUGCCAGAGCCCAACCUGCCCCCUCUGAUUGUGUACGAGGAUAACGCAUCGCUGCCCACUGGCAUUGAUGCAUGCCAGGCGGUGGUGGUGCAGGAGAUAAGGGCAGGGCUGCCAGAGCUACCCGGUGUCAAAAGAGACAGGCUGGUGCAGACCUACGGCAUCCUCCCCGAGCACAGCUUCACGCUGGUGAACGAGGACGGGCUGGUGGAGUACUUUGAGGCCGUGCUGAAGGCGACCACGAGGGAGCCCAGGAAGGUGAUUGGCUGGGUGACAAAUGAGCUGGUGGGUCACCUCAAACAGCGAGACAUGAGUGUGAGCCAGAGCCCAAUCUCUCCGUCUGCCCUGGCUGAGCUGCUGGAACGCCAGGAAACUGGACAGAUCUCCUCCUCGGUCGCCAAGCAGGUGUUCCAGGAGAUGUGGAGGUCAUCGGGCAAGACGGCCUCUCAGAUCAUCCAGGAGCAGGACCUGGGCCUCGUUAGUGACGCCACACAGCUGCACAACAUCUGCCAGAAGGUGGUGGACUCGCACCCUGUUGAGGUUCACGCCAUCAGAAACGGAAACAAGAAAGUUCUGAACAAGCUGAUGGGCCUGGUUCAGAAGGAGACCAAAGGCAGAGCCGACCCAGUUCUGGUGAGGGCAAUUUUAGAAGAGAAGGCGUCAUGAUUUGUCCUGCGAGACCCAGCCAUGGCACCGGCAGAGAGUUGAAUCGUGAAAGAAGAACCGCGUGACGGUGACGUUUGGAUGAAGAGGCAGAGUAAUCAGGUCCAUGGCACCCGGUCCUGGGUUUAGUCAAACUAUUGACUAUUGAUUGAGACGUUAACAUUUUUGUAAAUACUGAACAUUGUUUUCAUCGAACAACAACCAUUAGCUUCUGUAUUUAUGAGUUUAAAAAUUAAUAAAGCUUUUCCAAGCAA